AUGCCUUCUGCAACUCGACCAAGAAGUGACGACUCAGAAAGAUCCACAGCACCAACUGGUGCCGCUUCCACUGCCGGAUCACAUCGUGGGUCUUCAGAAGAAGAAGCACCGAGGCGUGCACCGUACCCGGCCUAUCCGCCGGGACCGUAUCCCUACCCGCCACCAGUGUACUGUGUAAUGCCGGCGCCAGUGAAUCUCACUCCAGGACCGAGAUUCUUCUAA